CUUCCUCAAAGCUAGUGCUGUCACUUGAGCCACACCUCCGCGUCUGCCUUUUUGGGCGGCUCAUUGGAGGGAAGAGCCUCACGGAUUCACCAGGCUGGCUUCGGACCGCAGCCCUCCAACCUCAGCCAGCUGAGCAGCUAGAAGUAGAGUUGGGAGCCAGCUGUAGUUGGCACCUGGCUUGACCGCCAUUAUUUUAUGUUCUGACUCCUUGCUGGUCUUCAGUCAGGCCUAGCAUGGUCUGGAUUUAUUCUUCCGAGAUAUGAGCGAUCUGUGAAAAGUGGGUAGAAGCCAUUGGGCGUGUCCUCGAAGAAAAUGCUUUACAGAUGCUGGCUGUGCUGCCUAUCAUCCUGUCUGGGAAGAAGAUAUGGUGCCAGGGACUGAAGCUUGGCCUCCAGCUUCCAAUGAGUCCUUUGUUCCUGGUCGGCACGAAGUUGAGGAUCCGGACCUCAGAAGCAGCCAGAAGCAUCGUUUGGCAGGCCAGGAACCUGCCUCAAACACCUUAUUAAGUAAAAUAGGAGAUGAGAUUGUUGUAGUUAAUGAACUUCUCAAUAAAUUUGAAUUGGAAAUUCAGUAUCUCGAACAAACCAACACGUCACUCAAGGAGCUCUGUGACUCUCUUGAAGAAGAUUAUAAAGAUGUAGAACAUCUCCAAGAAAACAUUCCUGCUCAUCUGCCUCAAGUGAAAGUAACACAGAGCUUGGCUAGUGAAUCAAAUCUUGACCCAGCAGAACCAAUCAAAGUUGAGGAAUCUGCACCCACAAAGAAGCCUCCUAAAGAACAGCGAAGUAUUAAAGAAAUGUUAUUUAUAACUAUGGAUGAGUUCAAUGGUGUUCCUGCGUACAUGAAGUCUCGCUUAACCUAUUGUCAAAUUAAUGAUGUCAUUAAAGAAAUCAACAAGGCUGUGGUUAGUAAAUACAAGAUUGUCCACCAACCAAAAGCAUCUCUGAAUUCUGUGAACAGAAAUCUCUAUCACAGAUUUAUUAAUGAAGAAACAAAGGAUACUAAAGGGCAUUAUUUUAUAGUGGAAGCGGACAUAAAGGAGUUCACAACUUUGAAAGCCGACAAGAGGUUUUUUAUGAUCCUGAAUAUUUUGCGACACUGCCGGAGGCUGUCAGAGGUCCGAGGGGGUGGACUUACCCGUUACGUCAUAGCAUGAUGGUUUGCAAGCUUCCAACGCAAGCAACAGGAAGGCGCGGGGGCUAGUGCUGGCAGUUUCUCACAUAUAACUUAUUUAGUCUUUUCAUUUCCUAUGCUGUUUCUUAUAGAAAUAAAAACCUUUUUAGAUAUAGCAUAUAUAAUCAGAUUUCACUGCCUUCCAGCAAGAAUAUAACCAUUUACCAUCUAAGCCUCUGAACUAGACAAACACAUAAUGGAACUAAGAAGUACGCAUGUGUAAUUUUGUGUUUCAUGACAUGGAUAUAUGUGUGACAUUUGAAAGGAAAGGGGCAAGAAGAGAAGGUCACAGAUAGCCAGUCCUGGAAUUCCAGCUUCCUUGUGUCUGACUCCAUCAUCUCAGUCCACAGGUAGACUUUUGAGAAGUGAUCUGGAGGUGACCUGUGUGUCUGAUUCUUGGGCCUCCUGGACAUCCUUAGGGAGUAGUGCCUGAAAUUCAUACUGUGUAAUGAAAAUGGAAUGCAAGUAUGUUGAAAUGCCAUGAUACUGUGAUAGAAUAAAUGUGCAUAGUUGAUUUUGGUCCCUAUGUCUUUACUCUUAAAAUUCUUUAGUGUCCUAAGCGAUGAGGUGCAUUUUUUGUUGUUGUUGUUUGGCUGGGGUCAAAACCCCGCUUCCUGGCAUAGAACUCUUAAAUCCCUUUGAAUUUCCUGCUAACAGGACCAUAUUUUAUUCUAAUGAGGUGAUUCUUGCUGGGCCUCUGGAUCGCUUCAGGGGGCUGCUCAUGCAAGCUGUGACAGAAAGGUGCCAACUCUUACCAUCCCCUCCCCCCAGUCUCUAAGGGAAGGGAGAGAGGAGCUGGAGAUUAAAUGAAUCCAUCAUGCUGACAUGAUGAAUGCAUACGAAACCCCUAAACUAUGGAGUUUGGAGAGCUUCCUGGUUGACAAACACACUGAUGUGCCAACAGGGUGGAUUUCCCCAACUAUUUGGACAGAAGCUGAAAGGAAGCUUCUGGACCUUUCCUUUGUUCAUCUGGGUAAUUACCUGUACUGUUGUAAUAGCCUUUAUAUAAUAAAGUAGUAA